UUAUUUUACCCUGUACUUUAGGGUUGAACUCAGUACAAAAAAUUAUAAGAUUUACAAGUUUGGUAUUUUAAGCACUUUUGAAUCUUUAUUAAAAUGGAAAAUAGUUCCCUGUCGUCUGUAAAGAAUGUUAUAUUGGUGUUAUCUGGUAAAGGGGGUGUUGGGAAAAGCACCCUGUCUGUGCAACUAUCAUUAGGCCUUGUACAUGCUGGGAAAAAGGUUGGGAUCUUAGACACAGAUAUUUGUGGACCUAGUAUCCCUAGAAUGCUGAAUCUAGAAAACGCUUCUGUGUUCCAAUGUGAUCAAGGCUGGGUGCCAGUGUUUGCGACAGAGGAUGAGAAACUGUGUGUUAUGUCGAUUGCCUUCAUGUUGAAUGGUAAAGAUGACCCUGUUAUAUGGAGAGGGCCGAAGAAAACAGCGAUGAUCAAACAGUUUAUUACUGAUGUACAUUGGGGUGAUUUAGAUUACCUUAUUAUAGACACACCACCAGGUACAAGUGAUGAACAUCUUAGUGUUGUUCAAAACUCAAAGGGGAAAGUGAAAGGGGCAAUUCUUGUUACCACACCUCAGGCAGUUGCUGUGUCGGACGUUCGUCGAGAACUGACAUUCUGUCGAAAAACAUCGAUCCCUAUAAUAGGGGUUGUUGAGAAUAUGUGCGGGUUCGUCUGUCCUCACUGUUCUGAGUGCUCGUUAGUGUUUUCGCAAGGUGGAGGCGAAGCUUUAGCAAAACAAGAAGGAUUAGAUUUCUUGGCUCGAAUACCGUUGGACCCAGACCUCGCUAAGUGUUGCGAAGACGGAAAAAAAAUGAUAAAUGUUUUCCCGGAUUCUAAGACUUUAAAUUCAAUUAAUCAAUUGGUUGAUAAAAUGUUGGUUUAGUUUAUUUAAUUUGUGUUGUUUAUUAUGCGUCCCCGUGUUUAGUGCAAGUUCACUUUAUGUUUGAAACAGCAUUAAGUUCACUGUAUACCAAUAGGGCUAGCAAUAGAAGUGGUUUUAUUGGACUAAACUUAGUCAAGGGGUGGACUUGUACUAACUAAAGAAACUAGUUUAUUAUAAUCUUCAGUCUUUGGACAACAUACAGAUUGCUAUGCUUAAAUUUUCAAUGCUUUGGCUUUAUUAUUUAAUCCAGUGUUUCUCAACAAAUGGUCAAAAUUUGAUUUGGUUGGGUCGCCUACUACAGUGGUUCACAAACCUUUUUGACUUUUUUGUAAAAGUUAAAUCAUUUUAUUUCAUGCUUACAAAAGUUGUGUGAAAUGUAGUUUCGGAAGUUGGGUCGCCAAAGUUUUGCUAUUAAAUUAUGUUAUUUUUAAAAGGUUAAGAACUACUGCAACAGUAUAAUAUAUAAAACUUUAAAAUAUCUACUUUUGAAACCAUUUGAAUAAGCAUUCAAUUAAUAUCUUUUUCCACUCUACAAUGAACAG